AUGUCCGGAGACUCGGACACCGCGGAUGAGGCUGUGAGGGGCACCUGUGAUGACGCCUCUAUAUGUAAGAGGUUUGCAGUGAGCGUUGGUUAUUGGAAAGAUCCCUACAUUCAGUAUUUCGUCAGGCAGGCCAAAGAGCGCAAGGCGCCCGAGAUCAACAGAGGGUACUAUGCCCGGGUGCAGGGUGUCGGCCAACUACUCCGUGCCUUUCUAAAGAGGACUGAAUGCAAUUGUCAAGUCAUUAACCUUGGGGCGGGGCUAGACACAACUUUCUGGAGGUUAAAGGAUGAAAAUCUCCUACCCAAGAAAUAUUUUGAAGUGGAUUUCCCUGCAAUAGUUGCACGAAAGCUCUACAACAUAAAGUCCAAACCACCUCUCUCCAAGCCAAUAAUGGAAACCCACAAUGGAGACUCUCUGCUAAUAGAUGCUCACAGCCUUGACUCCUCCCGAUACUCUAUCAUUGGGGCAGAUCUGAGAAACCUGAAGGACAUGGAGGAGAAGCUAAAGAAAGUUGGCAUGGACCCACAGCUACCAACACUGCUUGUGGCGGAGUGCGUGCUGGUUUACAUGACCCCUGAGAAGUCUGCCAACCUCCUGAGAUGGGCAGCUGACACCUUCCCCACAGCCAUGUUCGUAAACUAUGAACAGGUCAACAUGGCAGACCGCUUUGGACAGAUCAUGGUAGAGAACCUGCAGAGGAGACAAUGCAACUUGGCAGGAGUGGAGGCCUGCCAGUCACUCCAGUCUCAGAUUGAUCGACUGUUGUCUAAUGGGUGGGAAGCAGCAGAUGCCUUGGACAUGAUCCGAGUAUAUGGCAGUCUACCUCAGAAUGAUGUAGCGCGGAUUGAGAAGCUGGAAUUUUUGGAUGAGAAGGAAUUACUGGAACAGCUGCUUCUCCACUACUGCAUCACCUGGGGUACAAAAGACUCAUUACACUUGGGUCUGUCGGAAAUCAUGUUUUGA